AUUAUCAUUCCUGUCAGCUUCCACUCAGUUUAGCAAUAUAUCAAGCUUCUUUGGCAUCUCAACCAGCCGCAAAAACUAUCUUACAUCUCUUUUUUGCCUAUCAUGGUCUCCACCCAAAUCAAGGAGACGAAUCAUGCGGUAGCCGUUGUUUCUCUGGGAAACAGCCAGGUAUCGCUCGGUCAUCCCGAUGAGAGCGUUACGCCAAAGCCUAACAUUGAGGAUGAAGUCGAAUACCCGGACGGUGGCUCUGCCUGGCUCCAGGUAUUAGCUUGUCAUCUCAUCAACGCCAUGGCCUGCGGCUACGGUGCAGCUUUUGGAAUAUAUCAGCUUUACUACACCGAAACACUUAAGCUCCCUGCCUCGCAAAUCUCGUGGAUCGGGUCCAUCCAGAUCUUCAUCAACAACUUGGUCUGCACAGUAGCCGGACGGCUAGCGGACGCGGGAUAUGCACGGGAGACGGUUCUCGGCGGCUCUUUCAUCGCCCUGUUGGGCACUUUCAUGAGUAGUCUCGCCACCCAAUACUGGCAGAUUUUUCUCUCCCAGGGAGUCUGCACGGGCCUAGGUUUGGGUCUGAUGUACAUGCCUACCGUCACCGUUGUGACGUCGUACUUCAAGAAGAGGCGCGCGCUCGCUCUAGCACUUUCUACUGCUGGUACCGGAACAGGGAGCAUCAUUUUUCCCGCGACAGUACAGUACCUGAUACCCCAGAUCGGCUUUGCCUGGGCCGUCCGGUGCGCAGGAUUCGUCGCGCUGACCAUCGUCAUUAUCGUGAACGUGCUUCUCAAGCCACGUCAGCUCCCCAAGAAAACCGGACCUAUGGUGGAUUGGCUUGCCUUCAAAGAGCCCCCCUACGUGAUUUUCGUUGCGGGAACCUUUUUUGUCUACUGGGCCUUGUAUUUUGGUUAUUUCUACAUCAACACGUACGCUAUUACAGUCGCCUCCUUUACACCUACGUCUGCCGUAUCGCUGCUUCUUAUCAUGAACGCGGUCGGUGUACCAACCCGUCCGGUCAUCGGUUACAUCGCCGACACCUAUCUGGGCCCAAUCAACGCCUUCAUCCUGUCGACGCUCAGCCUCGCCGUCGCGUUCUUCGCGUGGAUCACCAUCAACACGCCGUCCACGAUGUAUGGGUUCGCCAUCGUCUUCGGCGUCACGAACUCGGCGGCGCAAGCGGCCUUCGCCAGCGGCCUGGCCAGCCUGACCAGCAACCCCGUGAAGAUGGGCACCCGGUUCGGCAUGUGCUGCACGAUACUAGCGUUGGCGACCGUCGCGGGACCCCCGACCGCGGGAGCCAUCAUCGACUACUGCGGCGGCCAAUACCUCUGGGCCCAGGUCUGGGCCGGCCUCGUGUCCGUCCUCGGGGCGGCUACGUUGUCCGUCGCUAGGUAUAAGGUCUCGGGCGCGAAGCUCAUGGUUAUGGUAUAGACUGACACCAAUACUAAUGCUAAUGCUAAUGAAUGCAGUCGAGCGACACUGUUAUGACUCUGUCGCCUGCCGAGUGUGUGGGG